AUGGCAACUUUAAGGUUUAUCCCCUCAUCCACCUCACUCUCUUCCAUUUCUCCUGCUACUCACCACAGUCAUCAUCACAGACCUCCAUCACAAUGCUUUCCGUCAAUGGCAUCAUUCCCCAAUUGGCAAAGACUUAAUCUUGAUGUGGGUUUUCAAAAACAACAACAGAGAAAGAGCCAAAAUAGAGGUUCUCGGGUGAUUACAUUUGCAGGUCCCAGCACCACUACCUAUAUCUUCGCCUUCGUCUUCCCAAUGUCACUUAUUGCUGUCACCGUCUUCACUUCUAUCAAAAUUGCCGAUGAGCUUGACAGGAAAUUUCUUGAAGAGGUUGCACUUAAUCAGGAAAUAAUGGAGUCAGAAGAGGGAGGUACAGAACCUGUUCCCCUGGAUCUGGAAAAGCCAGAAGUUCCACGUAAACGUAACAGGCCAAAGAGAGAAGUAGAAGCUUCUUCCAGAUAG